AUGGAGGAAGAUGGACUUCCGGCAGAACUCAUGUUAUUUUCACUCCCGCCGACGCAGGUCGCCGUGGAGAAGCUGUACUACGUGGACUGCAGGCCCGUGACCCAGAUUUGCGAAACCGGUCCGGUAGAGUUUCACAUUUCCGGUCAGACUAGCGAUUACAUAGCGCUCGACAGGAGCGUUUUGUACGUGAAAGCACGCAUCGUCAAGCAGGACGGCACGCCCCUCUCCCCCAAGGAACAGACCACUUUCAUCAACCUACCGCUCCAGACGCUCUGGGGGCAGGUGGAGGUGUCGUUGCAAGGGAAGCUUCUCUCGCUGAAUUCGGGUAAUUACGCGUACAAGGCCUAUAUACAGACGCUGUUGAACUAUGGGCUUAGUGCGAAAAAGGGUCAGCUCACCGCACAACUCUACUACCAGGACACGCCCGGAAGUAUGGACGCGACGGAUCCGGAUGGUGGCAAUAGCGGACUAUUCGAGCGGAACGAGUUCAGUAAGAACAGUGCCUCUGUCGACAUGGUCGGCAGGUUGUGCGAAGACGUCUGUCAUCUCAAUAGAUACAUAUUGAACGGUGUCGACCUCGACAUCAAACUGUACAGGAAUAGAACUCCGUUCGUAUUGAUGUCAGGGGUCCAGAGCCAGGAUUACAGGAUCGAGCUGCAGGAGGUCAUGUUCCGUCUGUGCCGCGUGCAGGUCAACGUGCACGUGGGCGUGCUCGUCGGCCACAACAAGGCCCUAGAGUUGUCUCCCGCCAAAUACCCCUUUACAAGUUCUAAUGUCAAGGUCGCCACCAUACCGGACCCCUUCAACUUUCGAUCGUACGACGCAUCGAGCGUCGGCGUGUUCGUAAACAACGUCAGCGUGCCUUACCGACCCCACAAAUUGGACGCCCAGUGCUACGUCACGGCAUUCCGCAGUCUCUUUGAAGUCGCCGACAAGGCCGACCUCGACUCGGACAAUGCCCUCGACCGCGACGACUGGCCGGUCGGAUACGCCUUGUACGGCUUUCAGCUGACCCCGAACUUCGGCGAGGACAACCACCUAUCCCCCAAUCAUAAUGCAGACGCGAGACUGGAAAUAACGUUUGCAAGCACGCUUACUGAAACUGUUUCCUGCGUCUUAUACUCUGAAUUUGACGAUAUAUUUCAGAUAGACCAAACUCGCAAUGUAUUACUAGCAUCGUCCAUGUGA